GAGAACUAUGAAGGCUUACAGAAAGCUCUGCUUUGGCCUCAUCAACAUUAUCUCCACCCCCAGAUGCAACCUUACAAGGGGAACUGGACCCUGGUGACUGAAUUUGUCAUGGUGGGCUUUUCUGGUGUCCAAGAAGCCCGCCAUCUCUUCUUCAUACUUUUCCUCGCCAUGUACCUGUUCACCAUGGCAGAGAACUUGGCCAUUAUCUUUGUGGUGAGCUUAGACCAUAGACUCCAGAGGCCCAUGUACUUCUUUCUAACCCACCUUUCUUGCCUAGAAAUAUGGUAUACUUCAGUCACUGUGCCCAAGAUGCUGUCAGGAUUCACUGGGACAGCUGAAGGCAAGAGAAUCUCCUACUCUGGAUGUCUGUCCCAGCUUUUCAUCUUCACCUUCCUUGGUGCCACAGAGUGUUUUCUGCUUGCUGCCAUGGCCUACGACCGGUACGUGGCCAUCUGUGAACCUCUCCGGUAUGCGGCCGUAGUCUCCUGGGGUACCUGUAUCCGCCUGGCUGCUGCCUCCUGGCUUCUGGGUUUCCUCACCCCAAUUGUGCCCAUCUACCUGAUGUCCCAGCUCACAUUCUGUAGCUCAAAUGUCAUCGAUCACUUCUUCUGUGAUGCGUCUCCCUUGCUGGCGCUCUCCUGCUCUGAUGUCACGCUGAAGGAGAGAGCUGACUUUCUGAUCUCACUGGCUGUGCUUCUGGCUUCUUCCACAGUCAUCGCUGUGUCCUAUGGUAACAUUGUGUGGACUCUACUGCACAUUCACUCGGCAGCAGAACGCCGGAAGGCUUUCUCCACCUGUGCUGCCCACCUGACUGUUGUGAGCCUUUUUUAUGGGACGCUUUUCUUCAUGUAUGUCCGAACCAAGAUGCCCUCCUCUAUGAACUUCAGCAAGGUGGUGUCAGUGUUCUACUCCAUUGUCACACCCAUGCUCAACCCCCUCAUCUAUAGCCUCCGAAACAAGGAGGUAAAGGGGGCCCUGGGCCGAGCCUUGUCAUUCAAAUUGUUUAAAGGGUCAUGAAUAGACAAAUGGUUUAGAUCUUUGAAGAAAAGGAUUGUACAUUUAGAGCUGGAAGAGACCAAAGUGGUCAUUAAAGCCAAUUCCCUCUUUCUACCUCCCUUACAGAUUUAGAAACAGAUCUAGAGAAAGUGAUUAAUUUGCCCAAAGUUACACAGGUAGUGUGAUUUGAACAUGGUUCUCCUCUGAUUUCAAACUUGCUGCUUUUUUUCAGCUUACCAUGAGA